AUGACAAAUCUUUAUGAUACAUCAUUGGCUGGUUUAAAUGAAACACGUAGUCAAGUUAACAAUCUGCAAAGGAGACAUUCAUGGUAUCAUUCAAAUCUUAUUCAAAUACAAGAUCUCAAAGCAGAUAUAAAUAAAAUUCAAGAACGAUAUGAUUCAAACAUUCAGAAUAUCUUGGAUCAAAUUGCAAAACAAAAAGUACGUGCAAAAGAAAUCCUUCUCAAUGCACUUAAUCAGCUUGAAUCCACAAUCAAUACCCAAGAUAUCAGAAAAUAUCUCAAUGAAUUAAGCAAUGCCAUUGAUGAUUUGCUUGAUCCUCUGUCCGAGCAAGUUUUAUUAAUAUCAAUUUUUUCGGGACUUGGCUUGUUCAAUCUUAUCGCAGCAAUUAUCGUUCUUCUUGGUGGAGCAUCUGCAUUCGGUGUUAUAACAUUUGGGCUGGGAUUUCUUUUAAGUAGCACGGCAAGUGAAGCUAUGUUUCGAAGUAAAUUAAGCGAAUUAGAUGAAAAAUUAUCAUGUAACAUCAGAAACGUCCAAAGUCAGAAAUAUGAACGAAUACAAAAGCUUGAUGAAUAUUUCAAUAACUUCGAACAGAGAUUACACCAUUGUCAUAUUCAUGGUCAUAACUCAAAAAUUAAUAUUGUAUGGUAUGAUAAAAAUCUUCAAAACCACGAAAAUCAAUGUUAUAUUGAAAGAUUAAGAAAUGAAUUUUCACCAGAACAAUACCAAAUAAUGCAAUUCGAUGAUAAAGAUCAAUCGAUCGAUUCGGUUGUGUCUAAUAUUACGAACAAUCUUGUGUUAAUCACUUCAGGAUCAGCUGGAGAAGAAAUUAUAUCUGAAAUUGGAUAUUAUUUUCAUAUCAAAGGUAUAAUCAUAUUUGGUACUGCUGUUGAAUAUCACCAAACCUGGGCAAGAAAGUAUAAGAAAGUCUUACUUAUCACAAAUAUGUUUUCACAAGUUAUUCAGGAGAUUAAAGACAUCGAAAAUGGACAAAUUUAUUUUGUCAAUUAUGGCUUUUCAUUCGAUGAUAUCACAAUCAAAUUAAAAAACAUCGAGUAUUAUCUAUCAACAAGCCAAAAUGGUUUUAUAAUUCCCAAUUUUUCAGCUAUAAAUUCAAGUAUCGAUUAUCAUAACAUGACCAUGACUAAAUUGCAUAAUGAAUUGCAAAAAAAACAUGUUUAUCCAAAAGACAUUCCAAGUCAUUUUCAACUUGACAAUUUAUUAAAAUGUGCACAACAAUUUGUCGAAGCAUUGAAGAAACCAGAACCAGAAAAACACAUUAUUCAUCUUUAUACAACUAAAGCACCCUAUUAUUAUAAAAUAAUUAAUGAUAUUCUUAAUUUAUUAGAUGAAGAUUUAAUUCUAAUCAUUCAAGAUUAUAUCAAAGCAUUACGAUAUUCUCUAAUAAUAUAUAAGGAUGUAUCAAACAAAAUACUUCCUAUAAACAAUGUUAAGUUAUACCGAGGCAUAUCUUUGGCACAAGAUAAUAGUUUCGCAGAAUUUUCAAGAAAAUUUAAAAUUCAUGAUACCAUUAUUUUUCCAGCAUUUUCAUCGACUAGUGUGAAUAAAGAUCGAACAAGAUCUUUUAUUAAGGGAAAAGGUGUACUAUUGAAAAUUUCGGCUGAUUGUUCAAAAUUGAAUAGACCAAAAAGUAUUUCUGCACAAUCACAAUAUCCAAAUGAAGAUGAAGUCUUAUUGAACUGUUUCAGUAUAUUAAAAGUCGAGGGUAUUACCACAAUGAAUGAUGAUUUAUUAUGCUAUAAAUGCAUCUUGGAACUACGUUAA